AUGAAAUUACCUCUGUGUCUGGACUCGGGAAAGAACAGAAGACAGACGGCUGACAUUGGGUCCCGUAUGGAGAUGGCACUUGCCCACUCGAGUCGACGAGCAAAUCGGCGAAUCAUCGACAGAUAUCACAACUGCUCCUUCCUCGAGGUUCGAGAGUCUGAGGAAACCACGGCACUCCCGACACUUCCGUUUGCGGUCUGCGGUAUCUGGCGCAGCUCUGGCCCGAAAUCCCCCGCCCACGCCCGUCUCAAACUCUCGCUGAUUCCGUCUCUCCGCCGGCCUGGUGCCCACUGUCACCGACCAUGUUUCCCAUGUCUUCGGCAUCGCAAGCCGCCAGAUAACAGUGUUGCGACUCUCGCUUUUGUCCUAACCAGAGGAAGCAUCCUUCGGUCGCGUUGCAGACUGCGUCCGGCUAAGCAACCACCACAUCCGAUGCUGAUGCCGGUCCUCCUCUCUGUACUCGCGACACUAUGCAAAUUACCUGUCAACGUUACAGACUUUGGCUUCCCGGCGGGACCAGCCACAGGAGCACCCAAUAGCUUUCGAUGCUGUAGUGAUACACUCCACGAAACGAGCAACACAGCGAACCAUCUCAACACCACAGGGCAGCGAGCGUCUGGCGGCCGGAGGCGCCCAUAUCAUCUUUCAUAUACCUCCAAUUCUCGCUGCCAAAUAACUCCCUCGGCUGAAGGCUGGUGUUGUCAACAUCAUUUUCCAACUGCUGUGCUCUGCUUCAGUCCCUCGUGGCCUCUACUAACGCAGCACGCCCGGGUUAACGCACCACAGGUACGCCAACCCCGAACCACGGCGGCUGCUACUCUGCCACGGCGUUUCUCGCUAUCCUUUUUCGGUCAGGUCCAGCAAUUUGGGACAGUGAAAGCGAAGCCUAGGAACAGGCACAUUUCAAUCGUCAAAGUGUAUUGUCGUCAUCGCUUGCUUUGGCUUCCAAAUCAUGUGCCAACCACCCGGAUACAGGUGCUAGAGACCAUUGAGUUCGCAUUCAUGUCACAGAAUGUGCCGGCCCAUGGCUUCUCCCGCCCGAUGGCCUCCGAUUACAUCGAGGCUCGAUCAUCACCGUCAUUGCCUUGA